UGCUCUAUGGUCUAUGGUCUUGGAUUGCUCGUGGAUUGUGGAAUUUGCAUUAUCGGCAUUUUGUUUUUCGUAUUUCUAUUUUAUUAAUUAGAUUUCAAGAUCAGGAUUUUUAGGACUUGCUUAAUUCUGAUUUCAUCACGUUAUUCGAAAUUGCGGCAUGUUCGUAGUAAGUGGAAGUGUUGUGUAGUGGAACAAUCUAACUGCGGUACGCACGCUAUAGCGUUGGGUAUCGGCAAAAAUGGCGGGAAUCAAAUCUUUAGCUGUGAGGGGUAUCAGGAGUUUUGGCCCUGAUGAAUGUGAUGAACAACGUAUUAACUUUGAGAAGCCCCUUACUCUAAUCCUGGGUCAAAAUGGCUGUGGUAAAACAACCAUUAUUGAAUGUUUGAGAUAUGCGAUAACCGGCAAUAUGCCGCCUGGGAGCCGAAACGAGUGUUUUGUUCAUGAUGCUAAAAUAAACCAUUCCACGGAGGUUAUGGCUCAAGUGAAAUUGAAGAUUGUGAAUGCAAAAGAUAAACAAUUGGAAGUAUCAAGAUCUAUGAGAGUAACAGCUUUCAAGAACAAGAAACCUAAAUUCCAGACUUUAGACUCAUUUCUCUCAGUGGUAGACGCAUCUGGCAAAACUAAGGACAUUUCAUCGAGAUGUGCAGACUUGGAUUUUGUGAUGCAUGAAGAACUAGGUGUGUCAAAGGCUAUACUGAACUCAGUCAUAUUCUGCCACCAAGAGGACUCAAGUUGGCCUCUAGAUGAAGGGAAGAAAGUGAAAGAGAGAUUUGAUGAAAUCUUUGAUUCUGACAAGUACAGUGACUGCUUUGAUCGCCUUCGGAAAAUCAGGAAGGAGUAUGGUGUUACUAUCAAAAUGAUGGAACAAGAAGUAGCCCAUCUAACGGAAAAGAAACAAGAUCUAGACAAGAAGAAGCUUGACCUUGUCAACACUGAGUCUCGUAUCUCUGAAGCGGAGAUUAAAAUAUCUGAACUGAAAGCCGAGUUGGAACCAAUAACAGAGAAGAUCAAGGCAAUUGAAACACUGCAGAAGAACUUGAUCUCAUAUGAGACAACCCGUGAGAAAAUAAAAUCAAGAUUAGAGAGAAGUCAAAAUGAUGAACAGGAGUUAAAGAAAUCAAUUAAAACCAUGUUUGAAGGCACAACUCCAGAACUUGAAGAAAAUAUAACAAACUAUAAUGCAACAGUAAAGGAAAAACAGGUAGAAUUAAAAGGAUCGUGUUCCAAAAUCAAUUCUUUCAAUAAGGAGGAAGAGAGGAUUGCCAAUGAGAAGACGUCAAAUGAAGUUAAAUUCAACAAGCUCAUAUUGCUAGAGAGUCAGAACCAAGAGAAGAUAGACAAAAGGAAUGUCAUGAUUGUGGAUAAUGCUAAGCUUGCUGAAAUGGAGAUGGGGAAAAUAGAAACAGACGAGGACGCAAUAAAAGGCAUGACCGCUAUAACGGACAAGAUAAACGACUUGUAUGACAAACUGAAGGAGCAAAAGGCCGCUGCCGAUCGCCAUGAGCGGGAACUGCAGAAACAAGUUGAUGAAAGUCGAGAUGCUCUUUCGCGUCACAAACAAAAAAUCUCAGGAAAAGAAGCAGAAAUCCAAUCUGUCAAAAAAGAUAUCACUAAGAUUGAGAAACAAAUCAAUGAUGCGAACAAAUCCAAGCUCAAACUUGAGGCUGUUGAAGAGAAAUUGAAGAAUGCAGAAGAAGAGUAUCAAAAGACGGUAGAUGAAUUAAACGUAGAGGAGUGUCAGAAUGAAAUUAACGCUGAUGAAAAAGCAAUGGAAACUCAUGAACAAGAGCUUGAAGAACUAAGUGAAAAGGUUACAAAAUUGCAAAAGCAAACAGCCACACUGAAAGAAAAGGACCUAAUUGAAGAACAACUAAAACAAAAGGAGAAACAAUUGACUGUGUUGAAGAACAAACAUAGAGCGACACUAACAGACUUGCUGGGAAGUGUGCCAGAGAACAAUUUUGCUUUUUCGGUGAACAAGUAUGAAGUUCAAAUCCGGUCGGAGGUGGAUUCUUUGAAGAAGAAGAUUAGGCAGAAGCAAACUGAGAUAACUCGAAUGGAAGCGAACCGCAAACACGUUCGCGAACAACUCAGUGAGAAGCGCGCCGAGCUCACCAAAGCAGAAGAUCAAAUGUACAAGGCUUGCGGCACGCAGACCUAUGAGGCUACAUUGGCCAAGAUUAACACCACCGUCGAGAAACUGCAGGAUGAGCAAAAUGUUCUGCAAUCGUCGAUGUUCAUAAUAGCAAAAUACAAGGGACAACUCAAAGACAACAAUUGUUGUCCGCUGUGUAAUCGUGGAUUUGAUAAUGAGACUGAGGUGACAGAUUUAAUAUCCCAGCUAACAACCCAAGUGAUGAAUGUACCAGGCAAGCUGGAAAAGGUUACGGAAGAAUUACAAAAGGCAUCAGCAAAGAAAGACGAUCUUCUUGCCAUGAGGUCUUUGAAUGACAAGAUAGUGUCUCUCAAAGAAAAAGAUAUACCCCAGCUUGAGACGCGCUUGAUUGAAGCUGAUAAGGAAAUAGCAACUCUUACUGAAACAAUGGAAGAAAUGUCCAUGUCUCUAUUGGAACCGGAGCAGAAGCUCGCGUCAACGCGUCAGAUUCAAGGCGACAUGCCUCUCCUCGAUCGAUUCACUAAUGAAGUCAAAACUACUACCAAAGACCUAGAAAAAGUCAAGGAGAAAUGCACGGACGUAAUAUCGGAUAUAACGCUUGAAGUCGCAACUGCGAAGCAAACAGAUUUGAGACAGAAGAUCAGUACACUGCGCACGCGCAUCAAGGCAGCACAAGCCAAACUCAACGCGCACAAUAAGAAGCUGCAAUCUAUGGCGAAUUCAAAGAAUAAACUUAAGGAGGAGGUGCUUAAUAUACAGAAGAAGGUCCAAGAACUGGUUAACUUGCAAGAGAAUCAAAAGCAAAUGGAAGCCAACAGAGAUAAGUUUAUGGAGGAAUUAAAGGAGCUUCAGGACGGUAUCGCGCCGUUGGAAGCUGAACUGAAAGAGAAAGAGAGCAAGAAGAUUGAGGCGGUGAAAAAGAACAGGUCUGACAUUGAAGUAAGAAACACAUACAUAAGCAAAAUAGCGAACGCCUUUGAGAAAGUCAAGUCAGUGGACUUGGACAUACGGAUGCACAAGGAAAGGAACAUCCAGCGUGAAAUGGAGAAGAUAAAGGAGGCGAAUGAGAAGCUGUUGACGAGGCAGAAGCAGAUCAUGGUCGACAGAGACACGCUUACAAAGAGGAUUGAUAGCUUGAAAGAUGAACUGUCCAAACAAGAGAUUUACAAGCGUAACCUAGAAGACAACCUGAAGUUGCGCAAAGCUCAGGCGGAGAUCGAGAAGUGUGAGAAGGAGCUUGUGGAGAUCAACGAGAAACUGAGCGGAGUCAACAUGGAGAUGAUCGCAGAGAAGGAGCCGCUCAUCACUAAGCAGACUAUGAUAUUCAGGGAGAAGGCGCAGAAUGAGGGAAAACUCAAUGAACUGAAGGAAAGAUUGAAACAAAAUAAGCUUGAGCUGAAGAGGACCCAAAACAAGGAUAUUGAGAAUAGAUACAGGCAGAAGUUCUAUGAGCUACAUGUCACUAAAGCAAUCGACAAGGACGUCCGAGAUUACUCAGUCGCUCUGGAGAAAUGUCUUAUGGAAUUCCAUAAAGAGAAGAUGGAGAAUAUUAAUCUUAUUAUAAGGGAAAUGUGGAGAAAGAUAUAUAGAGGUAAUGACAUCGACUAUAUAGAAAUAAAGACGGAAGGAAGCAUGACGACAGAGUCUGAUCGCCGUAAAUAUGAUUACAGGGUGGUUCAGUCUAAAAAUGGUGUGGAGAUCGAUAUGCGUGGCCGGUGUAGUGCGGGACAGAAGGUGCUGGCUUGUCUCAUCAUAAGGCUGGCUCUAGCGGAAACGUUUAGUUCAAAAUUCGGCAUCUUGGCACUAGAUGAACCAACUACUAACUUAGAUGAUGACAAUAUAAAAUCCCUGUGCUCUGCGCUCGGAGAGAUAGUACAAGAGAGGAUGCACCAACGGAACUUCAUGUUCAUAAUCAUCACCCACGACAAGGAGUUCAUAGAGUCACUAGGAAACAUUGACAGAGUCACGCAUUACUACGAGGUGUCUAGAAACGAGGAAGGAAAGUCCAGAGUUAAAAAGAUUAGAUUCUCUUAAACAACUUUAAAAUUAUUUCAUUAUUGUAUGUCGAAUAUUAGUAAAGUGUAUUUGUAUAUGCCAUUCCUUUUUGUUUCAUGUUAUCUAUAUGUAGUUAAGGGCUGUGCCUUUUAUUGUGUUACUGUGUAAGAGUAAUUUGAUUAUUUUUUGAUGAAGUAAAAUCAUUUUGUAUUCCUCGAAAGUUUAUUUCAUUUAUAUACAAAUAAAUAUACAGCAUUAAAAAUAAUUUAUAAAGGUGGUUCCACACCUGCGCACGCGCACGAACCGUGCACAGUUCUGUACUCCACCCUAAAUAUCACCAACAUGCAUGCCGCCACUUGGCACUUGUACAAUAUGCACGCAAACCACUCAAAGACAAGUCCACAUUAUUUUUACCUUAUUUCACAAAAA